GAGUACAACAGGUCGAAACAGAUAAUCACCAGAGAGAAACCCUCGAACUCGAAAGUCGAAAGCGUGCGACGAUCAGGCACGCGAAAUUGUCGUGGGUGUCAAAAUUAAAAAUGGCAUCGGCUAUGGACAUAGAUGACGAGGAGAUUGAUUUACCAACUUCCAGCAGCAGCAAAGGAGAGAAGAAACGUUUCGAAGUGAAAAAGUGGAAUGCUGUUGCUCUAUGGGCCUGGGAUAUCGUGGUCGACAACUGUGCAAUUUGUCGAAAUCACAUCAUGGAUUUGUGCAUCGAAUGUCAGGCUAACCAAGCUUCCGCUACUAGCGAAGAAUGCACAGUCGCCUGGGGGGUGUGUAACCAUGCAUUCCAUUUCCAUUGCAUCUCUCGUUGGUUGAAGACUCGCCAGGUGUGCCCGUUGGACAAUCGUGAAUGGGAAUUUCAAAAGUAUGGCCACUAACCGGAUGCUCACAGCUGACACGAAGAACAGAACCCUCAAGAACUACGCGACCGACCCUGGUGUAAU